AGAUAAAAUUUUUCUUCAUUAGAUUUUUUUUCGUUACCUGUCUGAUUCUGACAAUUUUCAUUUAAGUCUAAGGUAUAAUCUCUUCAAAUCAGAAUGCUUAGACAUACUAUUGGGAGAGCUUCCAAGAGAAUCUCUAGAUCGACUAGAAAUGUUUCUAAAUUGGCAACCUCCACUAAAAGUGUUGGAGUAGAUACUCAAACUGCGGCCAAAGCUGCCACUGCCAAAUCUUACUCUACUCGUUCCACUGUCGUUCAAUUACUUAACAACAUUGGUUCUAAGAGAGAAGUUGAACAAUAUCUUAAGUAUUUCACAUCUGUAUCUCAACAACAAUUCGCAGUGAUCAAGGUUGGUGGUGCUAUUAUUACUCAACAACUUCCAGAACUUGCUUCUUGUCUUGCUUUCCUUUACCAUGUUGGUUUGUAUCCAAUUGUCUUGCAUGGUACUGGUCCACAGAUUAAUGAACUUCUUGAAAACGAAGGUGUUGAACCUGAAUACAUUGAUGGGAUUAGAAUAACAAAUGAUAAAACUAUGGAAGUUGUCCGUAAAUGUUUCCUUGAACAAAACCUUCGUUUGGUUACUGCUCUUGAAAAGAUGGGUGUUCAUGCUAGACCAAUCACUGCUGGUGUUUUCGGUGCUGAAUAUUUGGAUCAAGAUAAAUAUCAAUUGGUUGGUAAAGUUAACUCUGUCAAUAAGGCACCAAUUGAAGCUGCCAUUGAAGCUGGUUACUUGCCAAUUUUAACUUCUCUUGCUGAAACUCCUUCUGGACAAUUAUUGAACGUUAAUGCUGACGUUGCCGCGGGUGAAUUAGCCAGAGAAUUUGAACCAUUAAAGAUUGUUUAUUUGAACGAAAAGGGUGGUAUUAUCAAUGGUAAUACUGGUGAAAAAGUUAGUGUAAUUAACUUGGAUGAAGAAUAUGAAGAUUUAUUGAAAGAAAGUUGGGUCAAAUAUGGUACUAAGCUUAAGAUUAAAGAAAUCCAUGACCUUUUACAACAUUUACCAAGAUCAUCUUCUGUUGCUAUUAUUGAUGUCGAUGACUUACAAAAGGAAUUAUUCACUGAUUCUGGUGCUGGUACCUUAAUUAGAAGAGGAUAUAAGUUGAUCAACCGUAACUCAUUGAAGGACUUUGGUAACCCAGAUUUGUUAAGAGCUGCCUUGUUGAGAGAUCCGGAAAUUAAAGCUGGUAAGUUAUCCGCUGCUUCUUACUUGAAGACUUUGGAAUCCGUUCAAUUCAAGUCUUAUGGUGAUGAACCAUUGGAAGUUUUAGCCAUUGUUAUUGCUGAACAAGAAGGUAAAGUUGCUAAAUUGGAUAAAUUCUUGUCUUCGAGAACUGGUUGGUUGAACAAUGUUACCGAUAACAUUUUCAAUUCUAUUAAAAAAGAUUUCUCCUCCUUAUAUUGGAUUGUGAAUGAAAAUGAUGCUAACUUGUCUUGGUAUUUCUCUAAAGCUGAUGGUUCGUUCGUUAAGAAUGGUGAGAUUUUAUUCUGGUAUGGUUUAAAGACCAACGAAGUGUCUGAGUUGAUUAAGGAAUUCGACUCUUCUAACCUUGUUUCUGCCUUAUCUUCUUCUAAGGAAUCUGGUGUCUUCAGCUCGCCAGUUCAAAAGAGAGGUAUUCAUACAUUCACUAGAACUUUCCAAUCUGCUUUCAAGUCUCAAAGACGCCAAUAUUCCACUUCCAAUCCUAACCCACCAAUUCGUGAAGGUACGAACACUAAGCCUUCUCGUGUUGCCUUGAUCGGUGCUAGAGGUUACACUGGGCAAAACUUGAUUAGUAUGAUUGAUAAACAUCCAUAUUUGGAAAUCUCCCACGUUUCAUCUCGUGAAUUAAAGGGUCAAAAGUUACAAGGAUAUAAUAAGGAUAACAUUGUCUACUCCAAUUUGCAAAUUGAAGACAUCAAGAAACUUGAAGAAAACAAUGAAGUUGAUGUGUGGGUUAUGGCUUUGCCAAAUGGUGUUUGUAAGCCAUUUGUCGAUGCCAUUGACUCUGUUGGUACUGGUAAAUCCACCAUUGUCGACUUAUCUGCUGAUUAUAGAUUUGAUACUACUGGUGAAUGGACUUAUGGAUUACCUGAAUUGAAUGAUCGUUCAAAAAUUGCAUCUGCAAAGAAGAUUUCUAAUCCUGGUUGUUAUGCCACUGCUGCGCAAGUUGCCAUUGCUCCAUUGGUUGAUUACAUUACUGGUACCCCAACAGUUUUCGGUGUUUCUGGAUAUUCUGGUGCUGGUACCAAACCAUCCCCAAAGAACGAUGUCGAUUUCCUUGCUAACAACCUUAUUCCUUACUCAUUGACUGAUCAUAUCCAUGAACGUGAAAUCAGUAGUCAACUUGGUCUUGAUGUUGCUUUCACUCCACACGUUGCUCAAUGGUUCCAAGGUAUUUCACAUACUAUUUCCAUUCCAAUCAAGCCAAAGAGUUUAACUUCGAGAGAAAUUAGAAACAUUUACCAAGACAGAUUCCAAGGUGAACAACUCAUUACUAUUAGUGGUGAAGCUCCAUUGGUUAAGGAUAUCAGUGGUAAGCAUGGCGUUGUUGUGGGGGGAUUUGCAGUCAACUCCAAGGAAGACAGAGUUGUUGUUGUGGCUACAAUUGACAACUUGUUGAAGGGUGCCUCUACCCAAUGUUUGCAAAACAUUAACCUUGCCUUAGGCUAUGGUGAAUACGAUGGUAUUCCAGAUGACUUAAUUAUUAGAGGUUAGAUUAGAAGACAUUUAAAAAAGGAAAAACAUUUAAAAGUAACGAGAAUACAAGAGAUAAUUUCAAGAGAAAA